AUGCCCACGACCCUGGGGCUGGCCCUGCUGGCUUGGGCUGGCGCCCUUGGCCUGAGCCAGGGGAGCAGCUUCACAGAGAAAGGCCUGUCCUUGCUAAGCUACCAGCUGUGCAACUACCACGUAACACGAAGGGUACAGAAGGUGGAGGCGGUGCAGACGUCCCGCGUGAUCUACACUUCCUGCGGCGGCUGGAUCCCCUGGAGGCAGUGCCCCAAGACUGUGUACCAGACCCAGUACCUGGCCACGGAGGUCCCCGAGUCCAAGAACGUGACCGAUUGCUGUGAGGGCCACGAACAGCUCGGCCUCUACUGCGUCCUGCCCCUGAACAGGUCCAGGGAGUUUGCAUCCAGACCUGGGAGCUGCCCAGCCUCAGAGCCAGAGCUGCCCACCCCACGGCGGUGCAGCUGGGACACAGACUGCCCUGGACUCCAGAAAUGCUGCCCCUGGCCAGCGGGCCACCGCUGCACAGCCCCUGUGCCCCGAGCACCCCCAAGGAGCCUGGUGAGCUGGUACAACAUCACAGUGCUGGUGAAAAUGGACUUCGAGGACCUGCAGCAAGUGGACCCUGGGUUCCGGAACCACACACGCCUCCUCUACUCCUUAGUCACCAGUGCCUUGCAGCCCCUGAACCCUGCUGUCCACUAUUUGCACUCGGCUGGCGGGGACACGUUCACCACGGUGUCGUGGCUGCUGCUGGGCCUGACCCGGCUGUUGCCUGUGGCCAAUGUUUCUGCCAUGUUGGACGACAUGGUGAAGCGGGUCUAUGAAGUGAUCAACAUCCAGGUGCAAGAUGUGAAUGAAUGUUUGUACGAUGAACUCCACACCUGCUCUGAAGCUGAGCUGUGUCAAAACAUGGAGGGCUCCCACCUGUGUGUCCGUGCUCAGGAGUCAUCAACCUCGUCUCCGCAGAGGCCGAACCACACGGACAGCGGGAUGCAGGAAGUCCCCGUGCAUGCCUGUGUGGAGUCUGGUGGGCCUGGCAUGUGUGGCAUCUGCCCGUGGCUGUCUCUUGCAGGGGAUGUGGUGAACUCCACCGGAAGUGGGCUGUCGGCAGUGGCAGGGGUCACUGUCCCAGCUCUAGACAGUGGAACAGCGGUGCCCAGCCCAGAGAGCCUCACCUUGUCCCCCAGCCCCUGGACCCCGCAGGGUACCCCAGCAACAAGCCAGGCCCAGACGCCAGGGCCCCCGUCCAGGAGAGGUGCUGGUGACCUGGGAAGUCAUGACAGGAACAGCACAGGGCCGGGUGCAGAAGAAGAGGCACCCAGCACGGCUCCAAGCUGGGAGACAGGCCCUGGGAGCACCAGAGGGGGGCUCAGCACCGCUGCCGCCGAGGCUCCAGCGCCACCCCGUGGCUCCCCCCACGGGACCAAGCCCAGCACCCCGGAGUCCCCAGGACAGCUCCUGGGAAACACCACCACGGAGCCGCCCUCCCCUCCCACUACCAAGGAUGCCUCAGGCCAUGUUGUGUGGCACACCGGCCUCCCUCCUCGGGAGACUCCCGUGAACGCCGCAACCCUGCAGACCAAGGAGCCUGAGCCUGCCCCCGGCCCGAGCCUGCCCUCGGCCCCCACCCCCGUGCCCCUGCAGCACCCUGCCUGUGGUCCCGGCUCCGUCACAAGGGUCACGGUUUCCAACGUGAGCAGCACUGGCUUCCACCUGCAGUGGGCAGCAGAUCCAGCCCCGCUCCCCACCUUCCACCUCAGCCUGGUCCCUGCUCGGGGCCCCGCGGUGAGUGUGGACACGCAGAACACCAGUGUGGCGCUGUCGGGGCUGGAGCCUGGGGUCCUGCACCUGGUCCAGAUCACAGCCAGGGCCUGUGGGAAGGAAGGCACCAGAACAGACCUGAAAGUGAGGACAGCGGCCCAGAAACUCCGUGGCAAAGUCAGGAUAGCAAACGUCAGGUACUCUGAGGCCCUCGGCAACGCCAGCAGCCAGGAGCACCGGGACUUCGUGGGGCGCUUCCUCAGCACGGUGCGGGAGCCCUUGCCAGCCAUGUUGCGCCAGCACAUGGACGCCGGCGGGAUUCGACUGAACAUCACCAGCAUCACCAAUGGCAGCGUGGUGGUGGAUUUCACCCUGCUCGUAAUCGCAGACGUGGACAUCCGGGAGGUGUCCGCUGCGUUCCUCAGCGCCCUUCACAACGCGUCUCGGCUGGAGGUGGUGAGAGGCGACCCCUUCAUACAGGAUUUCGACGAGUGUGCAAGCAUGGAGCACGACUGUGUGCCCGGGACGGCCUGCCACAACACCUUCGGGUCUUUCGCCUGCAGCUGUGCGGGAGGAGCCUCCAACUUCCACGUGGAAUUUUCUGGAAGACCCUGUGAAGGUGCCUCUCCGGGCAAUGCAAGCCAGGCCCCCGGUCCGGAGCAGCCUCUCCCCCCAGCGGGUACCAGGGCGGGGGCUGUGCCGGGCGCCAGCUCCGCGGCCCAGGGCCGGGCCCCCCGGCUGACGCUGACGGAGGCGGUGGACGUGAGCUGUGAGGUGGAGAAGGUGGCCCUGGCCGUGCAGAGGCGCUUCCUGCAGCAGGAGUCCAUCCCCGCGGCCUCCCUGUACCUGGGGCAGCCCUCCUGCAACGCGAGCAGCAGCAACGGCUCCCACGUGUUCCUGGUGGCCGGCUGGGGCGAAUGUGGGACGCUGGUGCAGAGUAACAUGACAGAUACUGUGGUGAGGACCACGCUGCGGAAUGACCUGUCCCCAGAGGGCGUCCUCCACCACCCCAAGAUCCUGAGCCCCAUCCUCUGCGCCUUCCGGAACAACCUGCUGGCGUCCUCAGGCUACGCUCCGCAGUGGGGGGUGUACACCAUCGUUGAAGACCUCCACGGCGCCGGGAACUUCGUCACUGAGAUGCAGGUGUUCAUCGGCGAUUCCCCCAUCCCUCAGAAUUACAGUGUGUCUGCCAGUGAUGACGUCAAGAUCGAAGUGGGGCUCUACAGGCAGAAGAGCAACCUCAGGGUGGUUCUGAUGGAGUGCUGGGCGACCCCCUCGAGCAACGCCAGGGACCCGGUCACCUUCGGUUUCAUCAACAAUAGCUGCCCCAUUCCCAACACCUAUACCAGCGUGAUCCAGAACGGAGACUCGAGCAAGGCCCAGUUUAAGCUGAGGAUCUUCUCCUUCGUCAACAACUCCAUUGUCUACCUGCACUGCAAGCUUCGUGUCUGCCUGGAGAACCCGGGAGCCACGUGCAAGAUUAGCUGCCGCAACUUCCGGUCGGUGAGCAACAGUGAAGACUCGGAGUUCUUCCAGAUGUCCUGGGGGCCCCUCAUGCGGUCUGAACGCUCCUCUCCCUGUGUGAAGCCAGGCCCGGGGGCCGGCCUCAUCCUCCUCAUCGUGGGGGCUGUCCUCGUGGUAGUGGGGGCUGCGGCGGCCUUCCUGAUCACACGCUACCAGAGAAUGACCGGCAACUACAACCUCAAAGCCCAGGCGGGCAACUUUGGCUACCAAGUGUUCUACGAAUAGUCGUCCUGCUGGCCGGCCGGAGGUGGGUAGAGGUCACAGCAAGCCAA